AAAUGAGAAUUAUUAAAAGCCUACUUGAAAUACAGUUGAUGCUCGCCUCGCGUUUCGUAUAACCUCAACAGUCGUGUUGUCUGUAAAAUCGAUGGAAGAUUUAAAAUCCUCCAUCGUCUUCUUCUCAUUCUUGCCCGUCUCAACACCCAGUUGACAAAGCUCCGGACUUUGUCACGCCAAGCACUCAUCCGAUGAUUCCGAGAUACUGGUCGCGCUCUUUUCUGGAUACCAUGGUGGGCUCGACCUUUCGAUGGACACUGUAUUAUCUCCGCAAGGGUCAGCUUCCAGAUGCGCGGAACAUGCUCGAGAGAAUGCCCGACAGAGGACCUCAUGGCCGAGUUGGGCACUGGACUUCGCUGCUAUCGAGAUUUUCUAGAUUUGGUUUCAUUGAUGAAGCUAAAUCUCUCUUUGAUAUCAUGCCGCAGAAAAACCAAGUGACCUAUAAUGCGAUGUUGUCUGGGCUCGUUCAAAGUGGGAGAAUUAGUGAGGCUUAGCUUUUUGAGCGAAUGCCGGAGAGGAAUGUCGUGUCAUGGACUUCAAUGCUUUGUGGGUAUGCAAAUGCGGGGAGAAUUGAUGAGGCGAAGAGGUUGUUCAGUGAUAUGCCGGAGAGAAAUGUUGUCUCUUGGAACGCCAUGGUUGUUGGGUUGAUUAGGAAUGGCAAUUUGGAAGAAGCGAAGUGGAUUUUUGACGCAAUACCCGUAAGGAAUGUAAUUUCUUGGAAUGCUAUGAUUUCAGGGUACACUGAGAAUUUCAGGAUGGAAGAAGCUAGGGUUUUGUUUGAACAAAUGGAGGAAAGGAAUGUCGUUACUUGGACCAUUAUGGUAACUGGUUAUUGUAGAAUUGGAAAUGUAGAAGAAGCUCAUACUUUAUUCAAGAAAAUUCCCGAGCAGAAUGUUGUUUCUUGGACUGCCAUGAUUGGAGGGUAUGCCUGGAAUGGCUUCUACAGAGAGUCUCUGUCUAUUUUUCUUGAAACAAAGAAGAAUUUCAAUCUCGAACCAAACAAGGAAACUUUCAUCUCACUCGCAUAUGCCUGUGCUGGGGCUGGAUUUAGUCGCCUUGGCAAGCAGCUACAUGCAAACUUGAUAAUCAGAGGAAUGGAGUCUGAUGAUGAUGAUGGGAGGCUGAGCCAAAGUUUGAUACACAUGUACACUCUGUUCGGAGUAAUGGACUUUGCUCAUCACAUUUUUGUCAGAAACAUAGGGAGCUGCUCCGCCCAGUUGUGUAAUUUGAUGAUUAACGGAUAUAUUCGGAGUGGACAGCUGGAAAAAGCUAAAAUUUUCUUUGUCACCGCACCAAUGUGUGAUAGGAUCUCAUGGACAUCCAUGAUCGAUGGUUAUUUGAGUGUUGGACAAGUUUCUGAAGCACGUGAACUCUUUGACGUCAUGCCUGAUAGGGAUAGUGUGGCAUGGACAGCAAUAAUAUCAGGUUAUGUCCAUAACGAGCUGAUCCCUGAGGCUAUUGAGUUGUUCUCCGAAAUGCGGACUCAGGGGUUUCGUCCUCUUAAUCUUACAUACGCAACUCUUAUUGGAGCAGCUGGUGCAGUGGCAAAUCUUGACCAGGGAAAGCAGUAUCAUUCCCUCUUGCUCAAAUCUAAUUUUGAGCAUGACCUGAUUGUUCAAAACUCACUGAUCUCUAUGUACGCGAAGUGCGGGGAGAUAGAUGAUGCACAUAGUAUAUUCAUGAGCAUGAUAGUUCGGGAUAUUGUUACGUGGAAUUCCAUGAUAAUGGGUUACUCGAACCAUGGGUUGGUGAAUGAGGCUCUGCAGGUUUUUAAGUCCAUGCUAGAAUCUGGAAGCCACCCAAAUUCUACGACCUUCUUGGGGAUUUUGUCGGCAUGUAGUCAUGGAGGGCUAGUUGACCGAGGGUGGGAGGAGUUCAAUUCCAUGAGGGAGGUCUAUGCAAUUACUCCAGGCCUGGAGCACUAUAUCUGCAUGAUUGAUCUCUUGGGCCGGGCAGGAAAACUAGAGGAAGCUGAAGACUUCGUGCUGCGGCUACCUUUCAAACCAAAUUCUUCUGUUUGGGGGGCUCUGCUUGGUGUAUGUGGACUAAAGAAAAAUUCCAAAAUUGCUGCUCGUGCUGCCAAGAAGCUUCUUGAACUGGAUCCUUUAAAUGCACCAGCCCAUGUGGUGUUGUGUAAUGUAUCCGCGGCAAAUGGACAGUACCUUGACGAGAAAAUCCUGAGGAAGGAGAUGGGUCAGAAGGGUGUACGGAAAACUCCUGGAUGUAGUUGGAUACCACUGAAAGGGAGAGUUCAGUUGUUCCUAUCGGGGAGCAAAAUAUCUUUGGAAGCUGAUGAAAUGCUAUCUCUCCUGCUUGGGAAUCUUGAUGAGCGAGACUGUUUUAUGGAUUGCAUCUAAUAACUCCCUGUGUCUAUUCUGAACUGCAUCAGUUAACGGAGUUCUUGUUGAUACACGCUCAGUGGCACUAGUCAUGUAAUAUCAGUCCACAGUUUGCACAUGGGAUAUCAUAUUAAUCGAGAGAAGAUUGAGCUGUUUUGUGAAAGUAUAAGGAGAAACCAGCUGAAUAACGAGGUGUAGAUGUAGCAAAGCAGCCAAGAUCAGAAGUUAUCGCGGUGAAAAAAAGUUUGCAACAUUAACUAAUUUGGCGAAUGAAGGUAAUAGUCAGUUCCUCUGUUAUGGAGUGAGAUUCUAGUUAAGAAAACAGAAAUGCAAUUGUAGUUCUUGGAAUUGUACCUGCUGCCUCACACUUCUUCUGGGAAAUUACUAUUUGCUUAAGGCACGAACCAGCAAAGGAAUUGAGCUUACUGCGCCCCACCCUCAAACAGAGUAAGUUGGAGGCUUCUUGCAUUCGAUUUUUCCAGGUCUUGCAUUCGAUAUUAAAUUGAGGGUAUGUGCAAUAUCCAUCUGAUAGAUUCUACUGACAGGUACAAAUUUUCCCCGAUUGCCGUUGCAAUUUUUUCCCUUUUUGUUUUGUGGGGUGUCAAGUGUCAUACUUGAUCAUUCACAAUUUUGCUGCUUUCGUUCACAUGCUUGGCAUUAGGAUUAAUCUGUUGGGACAGGGAAUUUCCCUGUAAUAGGAUCAAGGAGCACUUCAUGUUUAUCUUGACAGACUUCUUCGACAUCAACAUUUUUAAUUGAGAUAAGAUAACAAGCAUUCAUUCUCAAGUGAGCACUAUUGAUGACUUAUCAAGUUGAAUGCAACCGAGCUUAUGAUGAGAGCCUCUCUUCGAGUCUUCGCAUUGAUGAUGAUAGAGAGUUCUUGAUUAUCGAUUGGACCUUCUUCUCAUCAUGGACGGUAGUGAAUUACCAUGCAGACAUCUCGGAGAAUGCCGAUUAUGCUAGGCUCUCGCUUUGAUCUCUACAUUUUUAUCUUCUGGGUUUACUGAUGAGUUGGAUUGCAAUCUCACAAUGCUGAAUCAAGAGGAUUUCUGCAUCUACAAUGUGAAAAGUGUGCUGCUCGCAGGUGGUUUAUCUGAGAAUUGUGCAAGUGCAAGCAUCCCAUUUCUUUUGAUCAAAUCAUACUCAUCGACAUUAACGUCCCUUCACAGCAGCGCUCAAAUUUAUUUCACGAAAAUUGCUUUUUU